AUGGUCCUUUACCCUUUAGUAGAAGUGACGAGUAAAGAGACGACUCUUCUUUCCUCCACAGCUAGAAAGUGGCGAGAGAAGACUGCCCUGGGGCGCUUGGGCAAGUGGCAGGUUGAGGUGGGAGAGCCGACCUUGCCGCCGGGGGGAGCGCUGGAAUCGGAGCUCAUAAAGGAAAGCAGCUCCAAUCCCAUCUUCGUGAGGAGGGAUGCGCUGACCAGUUUCCAGUGGCGGAUCCGGAACCUGCCCUACCCCAAAGAAGUCUACAGCGUGUCUGUGGAGAAGGAGCAGCGCUGCUGCGUUGUCCGCACCACCAACAAAAAAUUGGAGUCUGAGGCCAGUCAAAGCCAUUCUUCUCCCUGCUCCUUAGUCCUCAGGCAGCAGAAUGUUGGUGUUUCCAUUGAUAUGGGGAGCCCUUUCAAACGAUAUUACAAGAAGUUCCUCAUUCCGGACAUGGACAGGUACCAGCUUCCCCUGGAUGCCGCUGCCCUGAGCUUCACGUACGCCAACGCCACCCUGAUCAUCACGUACCGGAAGCCCAAGGAGAUCCUGGCCGCGGAAGAGGAGCUGCGCAAGGAGCUGAAGAAGAUCAAGGCAGCGAACGAUGGGGACGGGGAGUGCAAGACCCAGUAGGCAGCGGCGGCGGAGGGGGCUGGGCAGUCUCCGGGCAGAGCUGCGCGCUAUUUAUUUUGCUUUUUCUAGUAAAAUUUCUUCCACGGGGAGGUUGCUCCUCGAGAACCA